CCCCGAGCUCUCGUUCGGGGGCCGCGUCUCGUUCGCGGAGCAGCUGACCACCACGGGGCAUCUUGCCGCGACGGUCCCGAUAGAAGCCACCGCCCCUUCGGCCCUAGCACCCCCAGUGGCCCCAGGCCCCGGGUUCCCCCCAGCGUCCUCAGACGGGCACCCAGCCGCCGCCCCUGCCUGCAGCUCCCGGUGCCAGGCUCGCGCCUGUGCCUCUACGAAGACGGGUCGGAGCUGACGGCAGACGGCUUCUGGCGCGCGCCCGAGCACUCGGAGCUCCUGCUGCUCACCGAGGGCCAGGCCUGGCAGGGCUACGUGAGCGACAUCCGCCGCUUCCUGGGCGCCUUCCAGCAGCCGCACGCGGGGCUGGUCCGGGCCGCCCGGCAGCUGCUGUCCGGCGAGCAGGCCCCGCUGAGGCAGAAGCUGCUGGCCGACCUGCUGCAGAGCGCCUGCGAGAACAUCGCCGCGGAGACCCGCGCCCAGGACCCGCCCUGGUUUGAAGGCCUGGAGGCCCGAUUCAGGAGCAAGUGCAGCUACCUGAGGCACAGCUGUGAGAGCCGCCUCCGGAGCUACCUGCGGGAGGUGAGCUCGCACGCCUCUGGGGGCGGCGUGCAGGCGCAGGAGGCCUACCUGCGGGCCGUGGACGCCAUGGCCCAGAAGCUGCGGUCCGUGCAGUACAAUGGCAGCUACUUCGACAGGAGCGCGGCGGCGGGCGACCGGCUUUGCACGCCCGAGGGCUGGUUCUCCUGCCAGGGGGCCUUCGACGUGGACCACUGCGCGUCCAGACACUCCAUCAACCCCUACGGCAGCCGUGAGAGCCGCGUCCUCUUCAGCACCUGGAACCUGGACCACGUAAUAGAGAAGAAGCGCACGGUCAUCCCCGCCUUGGCUGCGGCCGUCAGGGACCAGAACGGAAGGGAGGUCGCCUGGGAGUAUUUCUACAGCCUGCUCUUCACCAUGGAGAACCUGAAGCUGGUUCACAUCGCCUGCCACAAGAAGACCACCCACAAACUCAGCUGUGACCCCGACAGGAUCUACAGGCCCCUUAGGGCACUCAGGAGGAAGCGGCCUGCCCUCCAGCACCGCUGACCACGCGUGGGGACCAGCUGGGACUGCAUCGAGGUCCCACUGGCAGCUUCCAGAACACACCGUCUUCCUGCCAAGUGGCUUCAGGCCAUUUCUGAACCUGCUUCGCGCCCUGGGGCUGCUGUCCGGAGUGGGCCCCUCCCAGCAGAGCACCCCUGCCUUCCGGGCCGGGUGGCGCCGAGCCCAGUAUCCCAGCUGCCCUGUGAGCCCGCGGGGGCCUCCGCCGCACCUCUGCUGGCCUGUGUUCAGCCUGUGUCUCUUUGGGGUUAUUUGCACCCCAGAAUGCUCAGAUAGCCAGUACCAUGCUGCCCAUGAUCGUCCACGGCGACCCGCAGAUACCAGUGGGGGGGGGGUGUGGAGCUUGUGGGUGUUGGGCUCUGUCUCGCUGUUGGGGCCCACACCUGGCCCGAUGUCGCCCGGGACUGGGGGGCGGGGGGCGGUGGGCAGGGGCGCCCUCUGCACGGCGGGCAGAGCUUGGCUGUGGGGAGCGGGUGGGUCCGUGGCCCUCUGAUGCUCAUCGAGCCACGCCUGGUGAUACUUGAAGUUUCGGAAGAAGGAGCGUGUUAUCUACUCCAAAAGUUCCCUCUGAGCAGCUCUCCUGAAACGAAACACCAAAUUCGCUUUUGAAAAUGAGACAUUUUGUAACGUUUGCAUUUUCACAUGUAUUUUGUAAUGAAAAAGCAGAGAAGGUUUUUCAAAAAUAAACGCUCAGCAGAGUGUACCUGAUGAGAAUGACCACACAGGGACGCAAACAGAGCAGUGACAGACAGCUGGCCCAAGGAGUGCCGCCCCUCCCCACCCCACCUCCAGGAGCUGCUCUCUGUCUGAGGUCUGAGGGCGAGAGCUUUCUGGAGCUCCAGCGGGCCCUCUGGAGGGUGGGUCCAUCCCCGGAGCGGCCGGGCCUCCCUCUCUCCCUCUCUGUGGCCAGUGGGCCUCUGGCACUGCCCCUCCCGCCUGCAGGGCUCUCGGCUCCUGCCCCUUUACCCUAACCCGGUUUCUUCUGGCUUCACUUUUGCAAGAGGCCAGAGGCCAAAAACCCUCUUUGGGCAGUGGGGGACCUGCG